UGUGUUUCUCUGCAAAAUAAUAACGAUUUUCAAAAUAUUUUCGAAUAUUUCUGUCUUUAUGCGAAGCUUAUUUCGAAACUGACUCUGAAUAAUCUACUUGAAAUUAGUAUUACUUUCAACUUUUUUUUUUUUUUUUCAUAAGCGACGUAAGCAAAAAAUGAUUAAAAAGUUAUUGAUUUACUUUUGGAUCAAAUGAUUUGGAUAAAAAGGUCAAAUUAAUGGAAUCGCCAAGUACAUCCGGAAUAGCCGAUGCCAAUUUUACGGAUGUAUUCUCCACUCUGCAUUUGUUGAGAAACUACAACGGAUUUUUAUCGUCUCAAUCAGAUAAUCCAAUGUAUGGUACUCGUCCUCACUCAGAUUUAAACCCGAGCGAAUCGAAGAUGGUAGCAUCGAGGACCAUGCUGAGUAGGGGUGACAUGCCUUUAUCGCCACUUUCAUCGUCAACCUCAUUCACCCUGAGUGGCCUAUUUCAACCACCUCUGCUAAGCAGUGUGCAACCGCUCAUCCCGACGGUUGCUUUAUGCCCUUCUUUCACAAAUGCUAAUGCAGCUGCAGCGUUCAUCGAGAACGCCGUCAUCUCGAGUAUUCAGCAACCGAAGAGGCACAGAAGCGAGAAAACGCCCAUACCGGACGAACAAAAGGACGAAAAAUAUUACGAGAGGCGGAAGCGCAACAACGAGGCUGCGAAAAAAUCCCGCGACGCUCGCCGAAUAAGGGAAGAUCAGAUAGCUCUGAGAGCGACGAUGUUGGAGCACGAGAACGCGAUACUGCGAGCGCAACUCGUGGCGAUGCGCGAGGAAUGUCAGCUGCUGCGUCAGAUGCUCAUAAAGCAACGGAUGCCGCCGCUGGUGCAAUCCACCUGCGAUUAUCAAUUGAACGUCCGAGAAAAUCCCCCGACCGUAUCUCUGCUGACGCCCUCGACGCCGACUUCGUCCUCUGUCAAGGGUUGAGAGAAAGGAAAAUCAGUUACCUUUAUCUAGAUCAGUAGAUGUUAUUUUGUAAAUCUAGUCGAUUUGUUUAACUUCUUUUAACUGUGAUGUCCAAGUGCAUUUAUUGUAUAAUAAAUAAAGUGUAUCAUAAUCUUGAUAAGUAGAAAAGUAAACUUAAUCAGAUAAGCGAUAUAUGAAAUUCGACGAAAUUGUUUAGAGUGCGACGCACCGAUGUUUUGUGC